AUGCCUCCACAACCCAAGAAAGCACCAACAAAAGGUGCCAAACAGAUCCUAGUUGAAAAUGAAGCAACAAUAAGCUUUUAUAGGAAUAUGGCUGGAGCGUCAGGUCUUUUUUACAAUUGUGUUAUGUUUGGCAUUUAUCAUGAUGAUAUAAAGUCUUGGCUUAUAUUUAUGAAUGUGGUGGUGAUGGUCAUAUAUGUUGUGUGCUAUCAAAUGAUGAAGUACAUCAGUCGGCCGACAUAUACAGACCAGGGCCAACUUAUAGACCCAGGUUUGGAUCUGAACAUGGAGGGUGGAAUGGGAGAGCAUGUCAAGGAUAUUAUAAUUCUCACUUCGAUCGCGCACAUCACAGCCGUUAUGUCGAACUACUUCUGGCUCCUUCUGCUGUUGAUUCCGAUCCGGGCGUUCUGGCUUCUAUGGAAGAACGUGUUAGGACCCUGGUUCUUCCAAGAAGCGCCCGAGGACACCGAACAAGAUGAGAAAAAACGAAAGAAAAUGGAGCGUCGGAUGAGACGUCAUCAGUGA